AUGUCGAACAUCGAUUACGUGCUUCAUGAGAGCGCAGUUGGAUAUGCAAUGUUCCGAGUUAUAUAUCAACCUGAUACAGUGGGAAAUCGAUUAAAGGAGGUUCAAGAUGCCAGCUUAGAUCUUUCUAAAUUUGGAAAAAUGGUUAAAUUGAUAAACUUUGCGCCUUAUAGAGGAGCUGCGGAAGCUCUGGAAAAUGUGAACUUAGUUUCUGAAGGAGUGCUAUCUGACUAUCUUCGAUCAAACCUCGAACUUAAUCUCCCAAAACCUUCAAAGAAACAAAAGGUUGUCCUAGGUGUAUCAGAUAAAAACUUGGCUGGUAGCAUCAAGGCGACCUUUCCAGGUGUCGAAUGCGAGACCUCAGAAACAUCAGAAGUUGCUGCUGACCUUCUUCGUGGCCUACGGCUUCACAUCGGCAAGCUCUUGAAGGGCCUUGAGGAUGGUGAUGUCGAUAGAGCUCAACUUGGCCUGGGACAUGCCUACUCCCGCGCUAAAGUUAAGUUUUCGGUUCAGAAAAAUGAUAAUCAUAUCAUCCAAGCCAUCGCUACAAUAGAUCACCUCGACAAGGCUAUCAACACUUUUUCCAUGCGAGUUCGUGAAUGGUAUGGCUGGCAUUUCCCCGAACUUAUAAGGAUAGUCUCCGAUAACCAUACAUACGCUAGACUAGCACUCGCUAUUGGUGAUAAGAAAGCUCUUUCAGACUCUUCUCUACAUGAAAUUGCUAUGAUAGUCAACGAUGAUGCAGAAAUCUCGCAGGCAAUAAUUAACGCAGCUCGCGUAAGUAUGGGACAGGAUCUUUCAGUAUUGGAUCUAGAGAAUAUCUCAGCUUUCGCAAACCGUGUGGUUAAGCUUGCUGAUUAUCGCAAAUCUCUAUUCCAAUAUCUCGUCAAUAAGAUGGCGGUCGUAGCCCCAAACUUGGCUUCACUCAUUGGUGAAGUAGUUGCUGCCCGAUUGAUCUCUCACGCUGGAUCUCUCACGAAUCUCUCCAAAUAUCCCGCAUCAACAGUUCAAAUACUAGGGGCUGAAAAAGCCUUAUUUAGAGCACUUAAAACGAAGGGUAACACGCCAAAAUAUGGACUAAUCUACCAUUCCAGCUUCAUUGGUCGCGCUGGUGCGAAGAAUAAGGGCCGUAUUUCUCGAUUUUUAGCGAACAAGUGCAGUAUAGCCAGUCGAAUCGAUAAUUUUUCAGAGGAACCAACAACUAAAUUUGGACUGGCGCUUAGACAACAAGUUGAGGAGAGGCUUGAAUUUUACGCUACAGGUGCGGCACCCACGAAGAACGAAGACGCGAUGAAAUCCGCGAUGGAUGCUGUAUUAGAUGAUAUUAAAGUUGAUAACAUAGGUAUAGAUGUUGAAAUGGAGGAUAUAAUGCCUAAAUCCUCAAAAAAAGAAAAUAAAACAAAAGACAAAAGCAAGAGUGACAAGAAAUCCAAGAAGCGAAGGAUGAGCGAAGCAGCUGGCGAUGAUGAAGUUAGCAAAAAGAAGAAGAAGAAAAGCAAGCGCGAAUCGUUAUGA